GCUUACUACGCAUGCGUGAAAAAACCUGUGUACGGAAGAGCUGCAGCAGCACGUUGAGUGGUGCGAACAGAAAUGUUCGAACACGUUUUCUUGACAGGACCUCCAGGUGUGGGGAAAACCACUCUGGUACAGAAAGCUUGUGAGGCUUUAGUGUCAUCAGGAGUGGGAGUUGAAGGGUUUUACACAGAGGAGGUCAGGGAGGGAGGCCGGAGAGUCGGCUUUGAUGUCGUCACCGUGACAGGAGAGAGGGGCCACCUGUCCAGAAUCAGAGACGUCGCUGGGGCGACUCACGGCAGACGGGAAUACACUGUCGGGCAGUAUGUGGUUGACUUGCCUUCAUUUGAAAAUCUGGCUCUCCCCCUCUUCAGAAACGUGGGGUCGGCAGUCGGGGGCAGCAGGAAGGUGUUUGUCAUUGACGAAAUUGGCAAAAUGGAGCUCUUCAGCCAGUCGUUCAUCAGGGCAGUGAGACAGACUUUAGAUAGCUCUUCCUGCACCAUCCUGGGCACCAUCCCCAUCCCCAAGGGUAAACCACUGGGUCUUGUAGAAGAAGUGCGGAGCAGAAGAGACGUCAAGGUCUUUACUGUGUCUAAGGAGAACAGAAAUGCUAUCCUGCAGGACAUUUUAGCCACAUUACAAGAGUGUCUAAAACACACAACCUAACAUGGAGAUUCAGAGCCAUUAAGAGGGGGAAGAACCCUGCGGUUCGUGUGUAUUUUUGUGCUGACAACAAGUUUUAUUUGUGUCAGUGCACAUACAGCACACACAUCCAGGCUACUCAGUGGAUCCACACACGCUUCAGAACAGGGUUGCGACCUAACCUGAGCUGCUGGAAGAGUUAGGGUGUCACAUGCGUGCGUUUAUGUACACAAUUCAUUUUCCUUCAUCCUCAUACUGCCUCAAAAUGGAUCACAUGCUGAAUAAUUGAUUGUGAGAUGGACAGUGGGGGAAUUGUUCAGCUAGUGUGUAAAUACCCCAUGCUUUCAGAGUCAAAGACUGCUUAGUCCUCAGGACAGAUGUGUUUUAUUUUUUAUUUAUCUUUUGGUCUUAGACAGACCCCAGCAGGCGUUUCUCAUUUUGAGUGUAUAAUAUAAAUUCGUUUGCAAACAAAGCCGUGCCCCUGUUCAUUCAUUUAGCUCUUUGCUAUGUGAGCCUCCCUUAUGUUUGCCUAGUCAACCUGAGGAUGUGCUCACUGAAAACCAAUCAAUAUUUAACAGUACAGCUACGUCCAGUCCUUUCAUGGUUUAUUCAUCCACCAGCACGAACAGAAAAUAGAA